UUUUGACGUUUUGAUGUACUUUACACUUACACUCAUUUUUUAAUACCCAGUAGAUAAAUGAAACUGAAUACUUAUUUCUGUAAUUAUAUUUAAAGGAUUUGAUCAAAUUAUGUGUGUGUAAACUUAUCGUAACAUUUAGAAUAUUAAUUGAAACUAACCCCAUUUACUGGACUUUUAACAGGAGACAAUAAUGGCUGAUAAUCUUGUGUUGGACUGGUUAGACGAAUUUGAGUCUUUAACAGAAAGUGAGAUCCACACGUACUCCAGCGAACAAGAACAUAAUCAUGAAGUCAUGAUAGCACUUUACAGUGUUUUAUCUGAACCCCAUAAAUACAAAUCUGAUCAUUUAAUUGAGGGCAUUUGUCAACAGUUAUUAAACUUCUACAGAUCUGGCGAAACCCACUUAAAAAGGUUUACAAUCCAAUUUAUUCCUACUCUAGUAUUUUUACACCUUUCAGAUAAAUCAUACUCUGCAGUCCAAACACUACUAGUGAGUUUAUACAAUCUAGAGGUAAUAGAUUCAAAAGGUCAGCCACGGACUCUAUCCUUCAGGAUACCGAGUAUAGCUCAGUCUUCGAUCUUCCAUGACUCCAACAACUUAGAACCGGCCUUUAUAGCUGAAACUUCCCUUAGGAGAUGGGAAGAAUGUAAUACGAAAUUAGUAAGUUGGGGUCCCCUACCCCAAGUUGAUUGUCUGAAUGCUCAGAACAGGCAACGAGUUGCAACAGCUCUGAUUUUUUUGUACAAUCAACAAAUAGCCAAUGUUAUAAUACAGGGAAUAGAACAUACUUGUAGAGGAAUUUCUAGGUUAAUAACACAAGGAUUCAGCAAUCAACCAGACAGCAAUAGGAGCUCAGUAGCUAGUGACAGUAGUAUUCAACACGGAAUUACGCCAAGGGUCCCAGUUUCUAGUCCUCUUUUAAUCGAACUGCUCCAUAUAAUCUACCAUGCAGCAGAAAGAUGUGCAUCUGGUGGUCUCCAAGCGCUUCAUGAUGUCAUAUAUAGGGCAAAGUAUGAAUCUUACACGGAGGUGCUGUUAGCUGGUAACGCCAUCAAAAAUCUCAUUCAUAACUCACCUUCGAUAUCUGGUAGUGCUCCUAGGCCGUCCCAUACCCAUAGCAUAUCAAAAUCUAUGAUAACAAAUGCUUCGUUCAGGACGAAAAAGCUUCCUGAUGACAUUCCGAUUCAAGAUCCCAACCAAACGGCCCAAGGUGAAGCGACGCUGGACUCGAUCACCGAGGAGCUGGAGGAAACCGAAAAGUCGAAGAGUAAAGGCGCUCUGAAGCACCUGACUAAAAUACCGGGUAUCGGUAAGAAACACAAAGCGAAAAACACCCCACACGGCGACCAGGUCGACUUGGCCAGUAGCGGAGAGGCUAAUAACGAAAAUUUAUCGAUUGAUUCUAACCAUACUGUUCACGUUAGUGCUGUCUAAUGCAGGUUCUAGAAUUAUAAAUAGAUGAAUAUGAUGUAGGUUAGAAGAAAUGGGGUAUCUAGGGGCCGAUUGUAGAUCAAUAUUUAGAAACAAACAAUAUGGUGCCUGGUAUAAAACUAAUUUUAACGAUAUUCUUCAUUCCUGUAAAAUAGUACUUUUUCGGUACUUAUUUACUAUUAAUAUACAGCACACACGAGUUGAUAGAGUUUGAAACGAUGUUGAAAUGGAAACGGUAUUGAAGUCGUGUAAUAUCAACAAGAAUCUACAAUUAAUAAGUAUUUUGAAAAUACUACUUUACUUGUGUUGCUUUCUGCACGUACGAUGGCAUCUAUAUAACAUAUGAGACCAUCGGAAGGGCAGUAUGGAUAAAUACGUUCAAUCUAGAACUCACUGGUUUCUCCUCUUCGAAUGACUGUGUGUUUAUUACACACAAAUAACAGGCAAGAAGAUUGUAUGUAGCUCUAUUUAAAACAAGUAAAAUAAAACAGAAUAGCAUA